UCUGCGUCCUCGCUAACUGCUCCCGCGUUGCAUCAUCUGCAGCCUGCGGCCGCUGUGGGACAACUGGGCGCGGCGCGAUCCACUCAGCCCGGCGCUCCAGCCCGCUCUCCCGCGCCUCUCUUGGCCCUCUCUGCACCUGCUUCUGUGCCCAGACCGGGAGCCCCCCGCGGGCCGGCUCCCAGAACCCGCGGGGCACAGCUGGCGAGCCUCGCAAGCUCCGCCUGAUCCAUUCAUUGAGAGCCCUGUCUUCUUCCAGAGCCCAAGUACCCCGCGUCCUCCAGCUCCGAGCGGCGGGCAGCGCCAUGGAGAAGAGCAGCGAAACCAACGGCUACCUAGACAGCGCCCAGGCGGGGCCUGCAGCGGGGUCUGCCGCGGCCGGGACCGCUGCGGGACGCGCGCGGCGCUGCGCCGGCUUCCUGCGGCGCCAUGCGCUGGUGCUGCUCACCGUGUCCGGGGUGGUGGCGGGCGCAGGCCUGGGCGCGGCGCUGCGCGGGCUCGAGUUGAGCCGCACGCAGGUCACCUACCUGGCCUUCCCCGGCGAGAUGCUUCUCCGCAUGCUGCGCAUGAUCAUCCUGCCGCUGGUGGUCUGCAGCCUGGUUUCGGGCGCCGCCUCCCUUGACGCCAGCUCCCUCGGGCGCCUGGGCGGCAUCGCCAUCGCCUACUUCGGCCUCACCACGCUAGGCGCCUCAUCGCUCGCCGUUGCUUUGGCGUUCAUCAUCAAGCCUGGGUCUGGCGCGCAGACCCUUCAGUCCAGCGACCUGGGCCUGGAGGAGUCGGGGCCCCCUCCGGUCCCCAAAGAGACAGUGGACUCUUUCCUCGACCUGGCCAGAAACCUGUUUCCCUCAAAUCUUGUGGUUGCAGCUUUCCGUACGUAUGCAACCGAUUAUAGAGAGGUGACUCACAACACGAGCUCUGGAAACAUAACCUAUGAAAAGAUCCCCAUUGGCACCGAGAUUGAAGGGAUGAACAUUUUAGGAUUGGUCCUUUUUGCCCUGGUGUUAGGAGUGGCCCUAAAGAAACUCGGCUCUGAAGGAGAAGAGCUCAUCCGUUUCUUCAAUGCCCUCAAUGAGGCAACGAUGGUGCUGGUGUCGUGGAUUAUGUGGUAUGUGCCUGUGGGCAUCAUGUUCCUGGUUGGAAGCAAGAUAGUGGAAAUGAAGGACAUCAUCGUGCUGGUGACCAGCCUUGGGAAAUACAUCUUCACGUCUAUAUUGGGCCAUUUCAUUCACGGAGGAAUUGUUCUGCCACUUAUUUAUUUUGUUUUUACACGAAAAAACCCAUUCAGGUUCCUCCUGGGCCUCCUCACACCGUUUGCAACAGCAUUUGCCACCUGCUCCAGUUCAGCAACUCUUCCCUCUAUGAUGAAGUGCAUUGAAGAAAACAAUGGUGUAGACAAGAGGAUCAGCAGGUUCAUUCUCCCCAUCGGGGCCACCGUGAACAUGGACGGAGCAGCCAUCUUCCAAUGUGUGGCCGCAGUGUUCAUUGCCCAGCUCAACAACAUAGAGCUGAAAGCAGGACAGAUUUUCACGAUUCUAGUGACAGCCACGGCGUCCAGUGUUGGAGCAGCGGGAGUGCCAGCUGGAGGAGUCCUCACUAUCGCCAUUAUCCUGGAGGCCAUUGGGCUGCCCACUCAUGACCUCUCUCUGAUCCUGGCUGUGGACUGGAUUGUGGACCGCACCACCACCGUGGUGAAUGUGGAAGGGGAUGCCCUGGGUGCCGGCAUUCUCCACCACCUGAAUCAGAAGGCUGUGAAGAAAGGGGAGGAGGAACUGAGCGAGGUGAAAGUGGAAGCCAUCCCCAACUGCAAGUCGGAGGAGGAGACGUCGCCUCUGGUGACCCACCAGAACCGCACUGGCCCUGCAGCCAGCGCCCCAGAACUGGAAUCCAAGGAGUCGGUUCUGUGAUGCGGCUGGGCUUCGGGCUUGCCUGCCCACGGUGGUGCCCCGCCCUGUUAGUGCAGUCGCAGGACACUGGCACGCCCUCUCCGACUUUUAGCCUCCCGAGCAAUGCUUUGGCCCCGUCACCGGUUUGAGGAUUACUUCUCCGCACAGGCAUUGGGCUUCCCAGUGGGAACUGGUUACCGAGGACCAAGACACUCUGACGUUUGGCCCGAUCCAUGUCCAGGUGCAACUGUGUGUGCACCAGGGCUCUGUUUGGAAACACGCCCUUGGGCUGCCAGGCUCGUGGAGAUAACAAGUCACGGGAACCUGGUGGUUAAAGCUUGGGAAAAUACUGGUGUACUCCUCAUUGUACCCAGUCAGCUCUGCACUGGGCGCUUUCCUGGCAAACCUAGUGGGUUUGCAGUCAUCUGUCACAUUGCCUUGUGAGCUGAAGUAAUUGGAAAAGUUCCUAAAUUCUUAGCCUUGGCUGGAAUUUGCUGAGCUGGGACUGAGGUGUUUAGUUUGUGCUACAGCUAGGUGUGGCUGGCUUCUGGGUCCCUGGUUGCAGGUGGUGGGCUGGAGGCACGUGCUGCACAUUGUCAAGUUAGAAAUACUCCAGAUGGUGUUAGCACUGCGAGGGUCUCUGGUCAGUGGCAUUAAGUAAACAAUGUAGAUUCUGAGGUAAAAGGAAGGAUGGGGAGCACAGCCUGCAGUGGGAAGGGAGCACCCUAAUCAAGACAGGAUGACAGGACACACACACACACAAUUGUCCCCGCUCUCCUCCCGGCCCUGGCGAUGUUUUCUGCUUCCAUGACCGGGGCCUCUGACAACGCUGUGGCUUUAUCCCCAUCCACUCUGAUUCGGCAACAGGCCAGAGAAAGGUCUCUUCUUCCGGGGAGGUGUGAUGUGGUCAUCACAUUCAGGACCCUUGUUGGUUUAUCAAUCUAUUAUUUUAAUUCAACUAGACCCUCCCUAAAAUGCUGCAUUGCAGCAAAAAAUAAAAAUAAUAAAAAUUAAAAAACAUGAACCUACCCACUAAUUGGGGUGGGGUGCCCCCAUCCCCAGAUCCCCAAGCUUUGGCUGAUUUCC